GGUGUCCCGGGGACACGGCGGGAAGGGGGGAACUGGGCGCCGGGCGGCCCCCCGCCUCUUGCCAUGCCGAGCCCCCGGAGCAGCCGCGACCGACGCGCCGGUGGCAGCGGCGGGGGCAGCAGCCGCCUGGAGUUCCUGUCCCUGGUGAGCCAGCGCAGCCCCGGCGCCCCGGACAGCCCGUCGCACCGGCGGGAAUCGGGCAGCUCCGCGGCCUCCCCGCUGCCCGAGGAGGACUGCAUGAAGCUGAACCCUUCCUUCCUGGGCAUCGCCCUCAGCUCCCUGCUCGCCAUCGACCUCUGGGCCUCCAAGCGCCUGGGCGUCUGCGCUGGGGAGGACUCGGCCUGGGGCAGCGCCCGUCCCCUCAUGAAGGUCGUCGAGGUUUCGGGGCACGGCAUCCCCUGGCUGCUCGGCACCUUGUACGGGCUCUGCCAGAGCGACAGCUCGGCGGCCAGGGAGGUGCUGCUCAACCUGCUCUUCGCGUUGCUGCUGGAUCUCGUGCUGGUGGCAGCGGUGAAAGGGCUCGUCAAGCGGCGGCGGCCCACCCACAACAAGAUGGACAUGUUCGUCACCAUCUCGGUGGACAAGUACUCCUUCCCGUCGGGCCACGCCACCAGAGCCGCCCUGGUCUGCCGCUUCGUCCUGCGCCACCUGGUACUCGCCGUCCCGCUGCGGGUCCUCGUGGUGCUCUGGGCUCUCAUCGUCAGCGUUUCGAGGGUCAUGCUGGGCAGGCACAACAUGACGGACGUGCUCUUUGGUUUGCUGCUGGGCUACGCGCUGUACAGCGUGGUGGAGUACUGCUGGCUGUCCCCGCUCAGCGCGCCUGCCCUCUUUGCCCUCUGGAGCCAUUGAUGGCUGGGUCCCUCCCAAAGGAGGAGGUGUGCACCUGGUUUUCUAAGCAUGCACAGGGAGGGGAUACUGGGACUUGCACUCACAUCCUAGACCCCAUCUAUCCAGCCGCCAAGAUUUCACACUAGCGGUGCUGCAGACUCCUGGGCCCACACUUAAAAGUUUGGUGCUGCCUUGCCCUCCUGAUGGGCUGUGAGGCAGGGAGUGCGCUGGCCAAGCAGCUGCACUGACUGUUCUCCCGUGAAAAAAAUACCAAUCCCUGCAGAGCCCCAGAAGGGCUCAUCACAUCCAACUGGCAGCUCACUGCCGAUACCGUGAAUCUGCAUGCUCUUGCUGGGCACCUGCUGCAGUAGCCCGUGGUGUACGUGGUAGUUGUGGCUUUGCAGAAAUUUCUCUGCAGUCCCCCAUGUAUCUAUAUGCUGUAAAUACACGGAUCAUAUUGCUGUCA